GGCAGGUCGUCCCGGAGCGGGGCCCUGCAGCACCGCCUGGAGCUCGGAGUGACGGUCUCUCCAACGCCCUGCGUUUGUACAUCGCAUUGUUUACCUUAGCUUGGUUUUCGAAGAUAGAGACAGCUUAAGUUUUUUCCUGAUUAUGAGAAGAUAUACAAAGACUCUUUUAAAGUAAAACAGAAAGAACUCCCGCGAGCGGGACGCCCCGAGUCUUCCGCCUCCUCCCGCCGCCCAGGGUCCACUGCCCCUCCCCGCGCCCGCGCCGGGACUAGGACCGAGCACUCUGCGGCCGGAGCGCGCUCAGCAACGGCUUCCGGAGCCCGCACGGCGGCGGGCCGGGCGGCAGAGCCUUUGGUGAAAACUCUGUGAUUCAAGAUGGCCCCAAAUAAGUCCAAACGUCAGAAGAAACCCGUGGCCCUGCACAAAGUCUUGGUGACCGGCAGCAGCUGUGGGAACCGGGCCGCUCUGACUCUCCGGUUCCUGUACGGGGAGUCGGUGCAGGACUAUGAGCCCACCAGAAGCCUGAGCUAUCGGAAGAACGUGGUGCUGGAUGGGGAGGAAGUGCAAAUCGAUAUCGUGGAUCCAGUUGGGCAGGAGGACUACGCGGCAAUUAAAGACAGCUACAUACGGACCCGGGACGGUUUCCUUUGUGUCUUCUCCGUUACAGAAAUGCAAUCCUUUGCAGCCACAGCUGACCUCAGGGAGCUGAUUUUAAGAGUUAAAGAAGAUGAAAACGUUCCAUUUCUGUUGGUUGGUAACAGAUCAGGUUUAGAAGAUGAAAGGCAGGUUUCUGUCCAAGAAGCGCAAGCCAGAGCCGAACAGUGGAAUGUUAAUUACGUUGAAGCAUCCGCAGAAACGCGUACUAACGUUGACAAGAUAUUUUUUGAUUUGAUGAGGGAAAUUCGAGCCAGAAAGAUGGAAGACAGCAGAGAAAAGAAAGGGAAAAAGGAGAGGAAAAGUUUAGUCAAGAAAAUGAUAGAAAGAUUCUGCAUUUAUUAAUCAAAGCCCAAACUACUUUCUUAUCUUGACCAUACUAAUAAAUACAAUUGAUUAGCAUCGCCUCUGAAGGCUCAAUUGACUGAAAUUAUUUUAUUUUGAAAAUUGUUAUGUAUCCCAGAAACCAUUAAUUGGGACUGCACUGAAAGUCAAA